CCCCUGGAUCUCCGAGGAUGGGACGAGACCUUCCCAGUUAUUUCUGUUCCUUUGCUGCUCAGGUGCCAUGAUAUCAAAUCUAACCUUUGGGAAGCUGUUGAUCAGCAACUUCUACGUAACGACAUCGACAAAGAAUGUAAAGAAAGCUUUUUCAAGUUCAUCCGUGAGAAUCAGUCCGGGGUUUUGUUCGUUCUGGACGGUUUAGACGAAGCCGACCAAGGUAAAAUAGGCAUGUUCAUCGAUCUCGCCCAAGGAAAAGAACUCGCUAAAUGCCUUUUUGUUUUCACAUCUCGUCAUGAAUCUGGGAUAAAACUGAGACGCUACUGUGAUAACUUGUGGGAGAUUGUAGGACUCACAUGGAAAGACGCGGAACAGUUUAUUUACAAGUACUUCAAAAACAUGGAACACUUAGCAAAUAGACUUCUUGAAGAGAUUUUGACAAGAUCAGCCUCACGCCAACUGAUGUCAAAUCCUCUUAACACUGCAUUACUGUGCAUUCUUUGUGAGGACUUUAAAGAAACCUUUCCAGAGAGCAGAACUGAAUUCUACAUUGAAAACGUACGGUGUGUUUUGAGAAGAUAUGAAGAGAAGAAAGGUUUUUCCAGCGAUAGCGAAGACUUGAUUGAAGUUUACGCAGAGGAACUCAGAUGCUUGGGGCGUAUAGCGUUACGAUCUCUUCUCAAGGGUGAGCUCUAUGUCGAAGAAAGCAAAGUAACUGGUAACAGACUGAGGCCCGUAAACAAGUUUGGAUUUCUGUCAGUUCAGUCUGGAGGCAGUAAGAGAAAGCCUUAUUUUCGUUAUGGCUUUCUUCACAAAAGCUUUCAAGAAUUCUUUGCCGGAUUUCAUCUUGCUUUAACGAUUCUCAGCGAAGACGAUGAAGGAGAAAUCGCAAUAACUGAUGAAAGACUUUUGGAUGAACUGAAUCAAGUAAUUUUGUUCAUGAGUGGAAUUGUUGUUUUGGAAAGCGAGGAAAGUGCCAAGCGUCUUUUAAGACGUAUUACUGCUCGUGUGAAUAUGUUAGGUGAAAAAAGUCUUUCAUCCAAUACCUUUUUGACUAAUCUGGACUUGAAACUGAGUCGUGCUGGUAUUGGCGAGACCGAUGCUGCUUCACUCUUUAAAGCUCUUUCAGUCAAUACCACAUUGACUAAUUUGGACAUGGCAAGUAAUCAGAUUGGCGCUUCUGGUGCUGCUUCUCUCUCUCAGGCUCUUUCAGUCAAUACUGCAUUAACCAAGUUGAACUUAAGGUCGAAUAAUAUUGGCGCUUCUGGUGUUGGUUCUCUCUCUCAGGCUCUUUCAGUCAAUGCUACAUUAACCCAGUUGGACUUAAGUUCGAUUAAUAUUGGCGCUUCUGGUGUUGGUUCUCUCUCUCAGGCUCUUUCAGUCAAUGCUACAUUAACCCAGUUGGACUUAAGUUCGAAUAAUAUUGGCGCUUCUGGUGCUGCUUCUCUCUCUCAGGCCCUUUCAGUCAAUACUACAUUGACCCAGUUGGACUUAGAUCUUAAUACUAUUGGCGAUUCUGGUGCUGCUUCCCAGGCCCUCUCUCAGGCCCUGUCAAUCAAUACUACACUGACCAGGUUGGGCUUAGAUCAUGAUAAUAUCAGCGACUUUGGUGCUGCUUCUCUCUCGCAAGCCCUUUCAGCCAUGCAAUACUACAUUGACCCAGUUGAACCUUCAGGCUCUUUUGUUAAUACUAAAUUAACCCAUUUUUAGUGGAGUCAAAUUAGAUUGGUGUUCCGUCGAUGUGUUUUUUUCACGGGUAUUUCCUUUAUUGCUUUAUCGCGGACCAUUUUUAAAUUGGAUUGGGUAUUGAUGGAGUGUUUCUGGUGUUGCUUUCUUCGUAGACUCCUCUCAAUAUUGACGUAUCUGGGUAUCAGGAUGAGUUACGUUUCUAUUGAUGUGAUGGGAGCAUUUGGAUAUGAAGAAAAUUGUCGCAAAAAUAGGGAUAUGCUCUCUCAAAUGAGCAACAAGUUAUCUGCACUCCUAUGGGAAACAAUAGAAAGAUUCAAUGUGAUAUGAAUUGUAAAUAUUUAACAAUUAUUUGACGAGGUUGAGCAAA